AUGAAGGCGUGGCAUUACAUCAUCACGGCACUUGUGGCACUGCCAGCCGUCCUGGCUGAGCAGUCGUCUUUGACUGCUGUUCUUGACAAGUUUCCUAGCUGUGCUAUUUCCUGCCUUGGCCAGUCCCUUCCUCAGUCGCAUUGCUCGAUGACUGACCAGAAAUGCAUGUGUACGGACAUGCAACUGCAAGAGAGCAUGACAGGCUGCGUCAUAUCAAACUGUACCAUUAAGGAGGCGAUAUUGGUGAAAAACUUGACCUCGACAGGCUGUGGAGAACCUAUUCGAGACAAGUCAAGCCAAUAUGUCGUUGUUUCCAACACAUUUGGAAUCAUUUCCGCAAUUUUUGUCAUCCAGCGCUUUGCAUACAAGUAUUGGGCCAAGUUGGAGUACGGCCUGGACGACUGGUUCACGCUGCUUACCAUUGUUGUUGGCGUGCCUACUACGGUGAUUAAUGCCCACGGAGUGGCACCAAACGGAAUGGGCAGAGACGCUUGGACCUUGACGUACGAAAACCUUACCAACUUUGGACGAUACUUUUACAUCCUUGAGAUCAUCUACUUUGCUGAAGUGUCACUAAGCAAAUUGGCCAUCUUGUUCUUCUAUAUCCGAAUCUUUCCUAGUGCUGGUGUCCGACGAGUCCUCUGGGGCACGGUCGUCUUCGUGGCCCUGUUUGGCGUCGCUUUCAUUUUCAGUGCGAUAUUUCAAUGCACGCCUAUCGAUUACUACUGGUGGAAGUGGGACGACGGGCACCAUGGUCGUUGCCUUGAUAUAAAUGCGAUCGCUUGGUCUAAUGCCGCCAUUAGCAUUGUUCUGGAUGGAUGGAUGCUUGCAAUUCCGCUAUGGCAGCUAAAAACUUUGAACCUAGACUGGAGGAAGAAGGUCGGAGUCGGCCUGAUGUUUAGUGUCGGUACAUUCGUCACCAUUGUAAGCAUACUCCGGCUCAAGUCUCUGGUCACGUUUGGAUCGGACUCCACCAAUCCUACAUGGGACUUUUUCGACGUUGGCAUUUGGUCGACAGUUGAGAUUAAUGUGGCCCUGAUCUGUGCAUGUCUACCAUCCCUUCGACUGCUUUUGGUUCGUCUCUUCCCGCAGUUGCUCGGCACAACACAGCGAUACUAUGCCAGAUAUGGUUCCAGAACCCAACCCAAAUCAACAAUGAGACGUGCCAGUCGACCCUUAGGGACGACGUCAGUUUCGCACGUCGAAAGGUCGCAACAUCGGCCAGAGCCACCAUCGAAACAUAUCACCUUUCAGAAGACGUUUACCGUCGAGUAUGGCGAGACGGAUCGUGAGCACGACGAAGCCCACCUUGUGUACAUGAAGGAUUUGGAAAUGAAGAGUUGUCGGUCCGACUCACGAUCUGGUGGAUCCUUCACAUCAUAA